AUGCAGGAGGAUUUGCACAGUCGAAACGUUCUCUGGCGAUAUCCAGAGGUGUCCAGUGUGGAUUAUCCCAGUUGCUCGCUAAGUAAGCUCAACGAGGGGCUCUUGGUGCUUGCACAAGGUGUAUCUGUAAAGCUGCAAGACUCAGUCAAGGCUUACUAUCGCGGACAUUGUUAUAAUGAGGAGCCAGUCUGUACAUCCAAUAACCAAGUCUUCAUGAAAUAUGGCGCGCAAAUUUUGCCAAUAAGCAGUUACUCUUGGAACCUAUACCUGGAUGUUCAAUCUGGUUCAAACACCUUCAAAUCUUCGGGAUACCCAAUAAUAUACACAGUGAGUACUGCUACGGUGAUUGUUUGUUUUAUUGCGGUAACUAUGUUUACAAAGCAGUAUUUGAGGAGCCAGAGACCUUCUUAUCUGCUGAAACUGUCCACCCUGCUAUCUGCGGGGCAGAUGCUGGUGAUGUAUAUCCAUUCAAUGGUUCAGCUUAAGAAGCAAAACCGUAAGGGUCGGUUUUCUGCGAAUCGAUUGGUCCAAAGUUUGUUAUCAUCGAAUGCCAUAAACGGACUAUAUCUUGUGGAUCUGGCGUUGCUCCAAAUUUCACAGGCACAGAUCAUCACCAGGCUCUUUCCCAGGAGAAAGGAGAAGAGAGUGAUUUUUGCGGUCGGAGUCUGUCUCUCUGUUAUAUCGCAGAUCCUAUGGGGACUAUCUACAUUCUUGUCGUCUUCGAGCGAUAUCUAUUCUUCCGGUGAGUCUGUCGUUGAUUAUGACGACAUAGCCAUUCUGCCAGCAUUCACCUACCUGCUGAGGAUCUCCCAAUCAGUGAUGUAUUCGUGUCUGGUGAUAGUGUACUGUGCUUCCAGAAGGAGGUUGAUUUUCAAAAAGGAGCUGGUUCUCCUUACGUUGUGCUUGCUGUUGAGUAUCAAUCUAUCCAUUGCCUUCUUCAUCGCUGACGUCUCCAACAUGUGGGUCUCCGAACUCAGUGAGGUUUUCGAUCUCACCUGUUACGUGAUUGCAAACUUUCUGACAUGGGAAUGGAUCAACCGUGUUAAUCAGUUUGAGCGUAUGAGACACAAAGAAGGCGUUCUGGGUAGACCCUUCUACGAGGAGGAUGAAGCGAUGGAUGGGGAAAAUGGCCAUAUUUCUCAGUACACAUUUCAGGAACAGCAGAGCUCCAGUAGCGACCCUUAUCAGGGAGCCACUGAUAUUCUCAGUCCGAAUUCGAAAAACAAAUCCAUUGAGCGUAAGGCCGCAAGCAUUGGCGUUUUCAAUACGGUGUUUAAUGCGAAGAACAGUGUUACUAGCGCACUAGAAACAACGGUGACCAAGAUUUUGAGCUACACAGAUAAAAUGCUCCUGAGGUCUAGUUCUGCCUUAAGCAACAGAUUUGUGGGCAUUUCCGAUGAUUCUGGAGGUGAACAGAGCAGAGUCAACAGACAUGGCACGGACGUGUUUGUAUAUGCUCCCAAAGCUGUUGCUAUUUCUUCUCAAGAGGGCUCUUCGACUGCAAGCCAUGCUCCAGAAAAUCAAGCUGCUUCUGUCCAGUCGCAGGAUGAUGAAAUCACUGCCUCUGAUGACUCCAUCUGGAGACAUGUAGCACGAGUCAAUGGAGAAGAGUUUGACUAUGAGGAAGAGGUGUAUGAUUUGGACUCCUCUAUCGAUUCUCAGAGAGUGCCAAAUUGA